AUGGAUACCCACGACGUCUCCGAUGUUCCGGAGUACUUGGGAUAUCUUCGAGCACAUAAGCAAAAUCUGAAGAACGCGCAAGCCCUCAAGGGCCGUCCAGCAAAAUCCCAAAAGUCCAAAGAUGAGAUCCUGAUGCAGUUCAUGUUUCGACAAAUGAUGAAUACGAAAGCUCCCGCUAGUCCGAUGGAGAUCCGAUCUUCGUUUCUACCACCUGCCUACCCCCCAUGCCAUACUCCUUUCAGCAAGUUGAAGAAGGUUAUGAUCAAAAACCUGUGUCUUGAAACUCAUCAUAGGGAACGGUAUCUCCUCAUGAGAACGGUCACCCAGGCAGAUACGAUGACCGCCGUGAUGGCCAUCGUAGAAGAUGAAGACGGGGGUGUUCUCAUGCUGCAGCUCUACAACCAAGAGCAGGAGCUAUCGAAUGCAUACAGCCUCAGGGAGGGUACGGUGCUUGUUGUGAAAGAACCCUAUGUGAAAGUAAUGGCAGACGGAGACUACGGGAUUCGAGUGGACCAUCUCUCGGACGUCUGGUUUGUCCCCGAGUUUGACGACCUGGUUCCCUUAUCCUGGAGGAAACGUGUGACGCAGGCGGAUGAGAACGCCUCUUCUUGGAAGGCGAAAGGAACUGAGCAUUUUGAUCAGGGUGAUUAUCGUUCGGCAAUCCUAUGCUAUUCAAAGACUUUGGACGCCCACCCGUCGCCAGAAUUGGUGAUAAUAGCGCAGCUCAACCGUGCCCUUUCCUUUUUGAAAAGCUACCGCUUUGAUGCAGCGCUGAAAGAUGUGGAGCAUGUGCUGCAAGUAUCAGAGCUAUCAGAAAAAGGUCUCUUUAGGAAGGCUCAAGCCCUAUAUCAACUUCGAAGGUUCAAGGAAUCAUGUGAAAUUCACGCAAUACUUGCACAGAAGUAUCCAGAUAACACCCAGGCCGCACAUGAGUAUUCCCGAGCAUCUGCUCGGCUUGUGGAGCAGGAUAGCGGAAAAUACGAGUUCAGGAAAAUGAUACUGGAGGCCAAGAAGCGUCGGCCACCGAGGCUUGACCGCGGCACCUACAUUGGUCCUGUGACUGUCAAGCAGACUCAAUCUCAUGGGAGAGGACUCUUCACAACAGAGGCGGUGAAGGCAGGCGACCUUCUGUUCUGCGAAAAGGCAUUUGCUUACGCUUUCCACGAUGAAGAUACCUCGCAAGAUCUCUAUCUGCUACUCAAUGUCGACAUGGACAAAGCUACUAUUGGUACUCAAGCAGAGCUUAUUGAAUUGAUUGCUCAGAAGCUGCAUAAAAAUCCGUCCCUGAUACCAGACUUUGUCGAUCUCCACCAUGGCACAUACAAAUCAGUGGAUGUCCUAGAAGUGGAUGGCACACCCGUUGUAGAUACAUUCCUGGUUGAGAGAAUCAUUCUCCUGAACAGUUUCGGAUGCCCACUUUCCUCUCGCCAGAGUCACAUAGGCUGCAUGAAAGGGGAUAAUGAUACGGCCAAAAAGGCCAAUGGGCAAUUCCAUUCCUCUGGGGUCUGGUCGAUGGCAUCAUACAUUAAUCACUCUUGCGUGAGCAAUGCUCGCCGCUCUUUUAUUGGAGACAUGAUGGUCGUUCGUGCUUCAGGGGACCUGCCUCCUAACACCGAAAUUACCUUCCGGUACAAAUCACCCAUGCCCCGUGAUCCAAAAGAAUUCCCCGUCAACCUACAGCACUGGGGCUUCAAGUGCGAUUGCAUAUUAUGCCAGGAAACACGAAGUGCUAACAGCAGUGUUCUAUCAAACCGAAACAGAAUUUCGGCUGACCUCCGAAGAUUAUUUAAGACAUCCAAGAUGAACUUGCGAAAGAUUGAAGACAAAAUUUCCACCCUCGCAGCCACAUAUUCCCGACCAGCUUCUGAAGUCCCUCAUCUUACACUUGAUUCGCCAUAUCUGUCUCUCGCUGCGAUCUAUGCUUCAUCCCGAAAACUCGAAAAGAGUGUGGAAUUUGGAUUGAAGACCCUCGAGUCACUUGGCUUCGUUAUCGAAGGUGGAAAUCUUCCUCAUGUCUCAAAUGCUCCAUUGGUUGUUAAACAAUGGGGGCUGAUGAAUGAUGGCGUUGUGGGAUGCUGGAUGAUUCUGUGCUUAGCAUAUCGAGAGCUCGCCCCAACUCUCGCGUCUCAAGCUGAGAGAUAUGCCAGAGCCUCCUACAAAAUCUGCGUUGGCGAAGAUGAGACUUUUGAUAAGACAUACAGCAGGCUAUCGGAUCGGGUCGAUGGUUUUCUGACAACCGCAAAGUAA